CGCGCGCUCGCUCCAGUUUACAGAUCAUCAUGGCGUCGGGAACUGGUGGAGAGUCAUCCGGCGGACACGAUGCCGAACUGGACGAAUUGUUGGACAGUGCAUUGGAUGAUUUUGACAAGGCACCAGCUCCUCCGCCCCCUGAACCUGCUGCAGCUUCAUCAUCAGCCSACGGCGGAGCAGAGAAGCCCCCUCUGCUUGAGGACUGCAAGCUUUUCGAGUCUCUCUUCGAGGGGGGCAUGGCCGCUCAGGCCAAAGAAGAGUGGGAGAAGGCCAUGACGGAGCUGGCCCAGGAGGAACCGGAGCUGCUGCAGCACUUCCAGAAGCUGUCGGAAGCGGCGGGAAAAGUCGGCACCGACACGGCCUCCCAACAAGAAUUCACCUCCUGUCUCAAAGAGACGCUUCGAGGCCUCGCCAAGAACGCAGACAACCUGCAGUCCUCGGGGCUAGCUGGAGAUGACCUGGUGAAAGCUCUGGAGGGUCUCGGGUUGGACGAAGGCGGCGAAGAAGGAGGUGAAGACGGAAACAUCCUGCCCAUCAUGCAGUCCAUCAUGCAGAAUCUUCUCUCCAAAGAAGUGCUGUAUCCAUCGCUGAAAGAGAUCAGCACCAAGUACCCAGAGUGGCUGGAGGCCAACAAGCCGAGCCUCAGCGCUCAGGACCACCAGCGCUACGAGCAGCAGGCUCACAUCAUGGCAGAGAUCUGUGUGCUGUUCGAAGGCGAGGACGAGAGAGCUGAAGAGAAAGAGAAGACGUUUGAGAGCAUCAUGGACCUGAUGCAGAAGCUGCAGGACUUGGGUCAGCCGCCUAAAGAGUUGGCAGGAGAUGCGCCCCCUGGCUUCAACUUCGACAUGGAGUCCCUGAACCUCCCAGGGGUCUCCGGAGCCGGACCAGCCGAGCAGUGCUCCGUCAUGUGACGAGGCGGCGGCGGCGUGGUCCGUCAGAUGUUCCAGAGCCAAAACAAACAGUCGCUCUGCGUCUUUUAGCAGCAGGGAGGGACGCAGGAGUGUGGCCAGACCGCAGACACUGUUCAAGCAGAAGAGGUGUAGAAUCAACAGGAGGAGCCACCAAAACCACMUAAUUUGAUCUAAAAUCGUUUAGAAUGAGUAAACGGCAGCUGCAGCCGCUCCUCCGCUCUUCAUUUGACAGKAAAUGACCUCUGCUGUUGUCCUUGUUGAUUUAACUUCCUGUUUAGCCUCACAGUAAAUUCUUGCACGUCACAGGUUUAAAUGGUGCCUUUUCAUAAAGACUUUAAGUUAUUUUAUAGGUCUUAGAAAUUAAAGAGGAUGUAGUUGAGGUAAGCAAUCCAGAAUAUAGUUUUAACAUGAUAUGAAUUUGAAGAAUCGCUAACAAAGUCGAUGUUGUUUUGUAUGCAAUUAAGCCUAAGCUAAUUAUUAACCUGGCAACUGCACCUUUUCUAAAUAUUUGAUAAAUUGAAGAGUGGAAGGUUUUCAGCACCUUUAUCCAUUUCUCUCCCUCGUAUUGAUUUGAAGUGACUCCCGGAUGCCUUUGCUGUGCUUACAGUGAUCAUUACCGUGUUGAGUUACUGUGCAAAGUGUGAUUUCCCAGAGUUUGUAAAGUGCAGUGAUGGUUUGUCUUGGUGUUGACUCCCUGUAGAAAAAAAAAAACAGACAAAAACAUCCCCAGAGUGAAAACAAUCAUUUGAAAAGGAUGGGAGCACACGGCCUUUCCAGAAAACUUGAGGGUCAGAGUUGGACGUGAGCACUUUCUGGCUCUGGUCGCUGGGUUUGUUUACGACCAGAUUUCAACCAGCUGCUGUCGCCUGCGGACAAAGCUUCCUCUCCGUUACAAUAGAGAGCGAGAGAGGCGUCCAGAAAUGACGGGACCACCAGUAACCGCACAAUGAAAGGGUGCUGUCAAAGGAUUUAGCUAUGCACUGAAAAGAUAUCAGAUUUAUCAGCUGUGAAGGUUUCAUCACGGGGUGGGAGUUWGAGCCCAUCAGCUCUGGAGGACGAUGAAAACCCCAGUGUCAUGAAAAAUAAAGACUUGUAAUUUAACACUACUUUGCUUUGUAAAUAUGAAAUAAAACUGAUAAUUAAACAUG